AUGGGCUUCGAUCCGAUACGGCCGGAACGUAUACAGGCUGUCUAUCUCCCGGCAUGGCUGAUUGAUGCUGUAAUCGACGCAGAGUGGUGGUGGCAGGAUGGAGCAGAAGGUGACCAGACAACGCGGCGAACCGCGACAUCGUUUUUUAAGCAGUCGUAUAUGCCAGGUUUUAUUCAUGAACCAUUGUCUCGCAUAUCGCUGAACUCCCUGACUUUUGAACCUUCUGAGACUAUUCCCUUCUCUGAGGAUUUGCGGACUCAACGCGGUUCGGAGGUUCUGUGUUUACCAUUUGAACUCACGCCAUUACAUCUUAUUGCUGCGACCAAGUCGCUGUCGUAUCAACAGGCUACGGUUUCCGAACGUCUACGAUUCGACCCCCCAACAGCCCGAACCCCUCUGUUUGCGGCAUACCCUGUUCUCAUACCAGUCUAUAUUGCGCAAUAUGAAACGGUUAAUCUCGACUUUGUUCCCGACAUCAGCCGAGAGGAUCGCAUGUUCACGGUUGUAAUUGAGGCUCAUAGGACAAAUGGGCGUAUCGUGGCAGAGAAUCGGGACAAGAAACUUGUUCGACGCCUGAUCGCGAGUGAUCCCUCCCCAUCCAAGUUCCUCAUGAAUUGUUUCGACAUGAUUCCUGAUGACGAAUUCUGGUGCAGCGAUGAUAUUGAUCCAGAUUUCAUCCGCCAUUUCGUCCAUGCUGGGAUCCCUCUGGGAGCCAAAAAGAAAGAUUAUACAAUAGUGGAACGAUGGAUUGACAAUGCGGCAUCUACGAAAGGCGCGCUCAAAAAUUAUCGCUCGCAAUUCUUCGGAGACACUGUUGCAAUAGACUGGGAGGAUCCACGCAUUGUCGAAUACUCCAAAGAUGAAGUUGAAGCAAAUCGGGGAUGGAUGCAGCUCACGAGCACAACAAAGAUGCUCGCGGACAUCCUGAAAACGCUGAGUGGAAAUUUAGAUGCAAGCAGACGACACGAUGUAAUACAGCCUUUGCACGGAAAUAUACCAGGCUCUGGUGACGAUGCGGUCAAAAAUCUCACCAAACCCACCCAGACGCUAGAGGCUAUGCAGGAACAGUUGAAUAUUCUUGAUAAACAAAAACAGGAGACGAAGCCAAAGUGGAUGAAGGAAUGGGAACGUAGAUCAGCUGAAAGUCCUAACGUCCGGGAAGGUAGUCGGAAAGAGGACAGAACAAAUAGCCAAUAA